AGUAAGUGUCUCUUCCUUAUGUAUUAUCUUCAUUUUCCCUUACUUAAAAAUAAAGUUGCUAAGCUACGAUAGAUGGCAGCACGUCAUCUAGCAUUUUGCGAAAACAUCUGAUUGCCCGGAUUAUGCCUUUUGUUUACAUUGUUUAAAUCCGUCUAAUAGGUGUGAAUAAUUGAGUAUCAAUCGAAUUAUACUUGAUAUAUCCUUAAAAAAAUAAUUUUACUAUUAAAAUGGAUGCAAUUUUUACUUCUGGAAUUAAAACUCCUCCUAAAUCCUGUGAUACUUUUGCCGCUUUACCCCCUGGAACUCUCGAUGGAUGCAUUGUUUUUGGUAAAAAUUCUGACCGGCCGAAUGAUGAAGUGCAAGAAGUUGUAUACGUACCUGCACAAGAUCACACGGAUUCUACCAAACUGAAAUGCACUUACAUUGAAAUCGAUCAAGUUCCACAUACGUAUGCUGUAAUAUUGAGCAAGCCCUCCUGGAUGUGGGGGGCAGAGAUGGGGGCUAAUGAACACGGUGUUUGCAUUGGUAAUGAGGCAGUAUGGACAACACUUAAUGAUUCAAGCGAUGCUGAAAAAAAAUUGCUGGGUAUGGAUCUCUUACGCUUAGGAUUGGAACGCUGCAAAAAUGCUGCAGAUGUUGUGCAUACAAUUGUCGAUUUGAUUUAUAAAUACGGAAUGGGAGGUAAUUGCUCCAACACUUUACCUAAUUUUACGUAUCACAAUAGUUUUUUGAUCGCAGAUCCAUCUGAAGUAUGGGUUUUGGAGUGUGCUGGCAAAAUCUGGGCUGCAGAGAAAGUUACCGAAGGAGUGAGGAAUAUAUCAAAUGAGUUGUCCAUCCGCACGAAAAUUGAUCUUAAAUGUGAAGGUUUGGAGGAAUUUGCGAAAAAGAAAGGAUUCUGGUGUCCGACUCAAGGCCCGAUUGAUUUCAAAAUGGCUUUUGACACUGACGACAGCGAGAGCCAUAGAUAUAAAGCCGGUAAACGCCUUUUGACAAAUUUCUCGCAAAACGGUGCUUUUUCUGCUGGAGAAAUGUUUAAGGUCUUACGGGACAGGAAUAGUGGUAUCUGCAUGUCUUCUGGCUCUUUUGUUUCCACCGCCAGUCAAGUAUCCGUCCUGAGAAAAACGGAAAGUGGAUUGCAGAGCUGUCAUUUUUUCACCGCGACUCCCGAUCCGAGACGAUCGGCUUUCAAACCGUUCUUUUUCGCUGAAGAAGUUGAGUUUACUGAUAAAGUAGUUUCUCCAGUUCCUAGCGAAAGUGAAGAAAAUGUGGUUUCUGAUAGAAAACACGAGUUGUAUAAGCUUCACGAGGAUGCAUGCUUUUCAAGGCGUGAUGCAGAUGCAUUCCGCCUGAAGUUGAAAGAACUGGAAGACAAGUAUGUAUCUCUUGUUGAUGAAAUUGUCUCUGGUGCUGUAUCAGACACUAAUGCUCCUAAAGACAUUUUUAAAAGAGCUGUUGAAGAGGAAUGCUCUUUAUUUAGUGAAAACUAAUGUAACAUAGUCUAUGUUUACAAUCUCUUGAUAAUUUACAUCCUUUAUAGAAAUAUAGCUAAUAUUUCUAAAAAGUUAAUGUGUAAUAUUUGCCAGUCACUAUGGAGCAGUAUUAUAAUAUUCUGGAACAAUAUAUUUUAUUAUAGAAAUAUAGCUUACAAUAUUCUGCACAAGAUUAUUAUAUUCCGAUAAUAUUCUGUAACAAGAUUUUUAGUCACUGCAAACGUUCUAUGGGCACAAUAAAAAACAAAACACACAUUAGCUAAAUUAUUUCCAUUCUUAAUUUAAUGGUGAAGGAUUUUAUUUUGUUAACUUAAUUUAUUGUUAAAAAGAGAACCUUAAUUAAAUAUCAAAUUGUGUAUGCAUGCCUAUAUCUUGAAGCAAAAAGUUUUACUGCAUUAAAUAUUUUCUUUGUGUUUCGGUGAUAAAUUGUUCUGCAACAUGCAAGUCGGAUAAGGAAUUUUUUCGUUAGCGGCUAGGCCAGUUUUUGUACUUUUAUAUAUGAUCAAAGGGUAAAAAUGAAAACUUUUUUUAAAAAAUCAUUUUGUAAGGUUUUAGUUAUAACAAUGCCAAUUUUUAACUGCCAUUUCUGAUUUAAGGUGAUUAGCUUUUAAACCUUUUUUUAAAUUUUGCUGUAAAUGUGUUAAGUUGAUUGAUGAGUAGUUUUACAGUUGCUGACGGAAAGUGUGAGCUGUAUCUAAGCUUUAUGAAGAUACAUGCUUUUUAUAUUGUCAUGCCCACACAUCUCUCCAAAUGUUCAUUUAUUUAUUUAUUUUUUAAAAAAAGAACCGAGAAAUAAGUAUGUUUGAUGAAAUUGUUUCUACUGCUGUAUCAGAUACCAAAGUGUCUAAAGACAUUUCUCAAAGAGGGAGAUUUCUGUAUCGUGAUCUGUGCUAGAUUAAUCUCCAAACCUUGGCAACUUCCGGCAAAUGUAUUAGAACAUAUGUAAAAAUUACAUCAUUAACAGAAAUAUAAGUAAUAUUUCUGUUAAUUUAAAGUAAAGGUUUAAUUUCUUGCAUUUGUUGUUAGAUAUUUAUAUUUUUUCUAGAUUUGCUGGAUUUUAAAUAAUAACUUUCCUGUAAAUAUGUAUAAAUUCUUAGUUAAAACUAUAUGUAAAUAUGCAGUCUUCGAUUUCUAUUAUUGUUUUGUGAAGAGUUUAAUUUUGUUGAAAAGCUUCUUAUUUAUGUACAAUGUUAUAACAUUCUAAGUAGAUAACGCACACUGCUGAUAUAUAAUUAUUGAUGCAUAUUGUUAUUGUAAUUUAGGAUUAUUAAAAAAAUUGAAGCAAUAACGGUGACUGUUUAUAGAAGUAAGAGUUUUAAAAAAAAUUAUUGAGCAUAUUAGAAUACUCAUUAAAACUUCAAUGCUACUAAGCUGUUUUACUAAUUUUUCAUCUACAUAUUGAUCAUUCGUUUUUAUUAUUUAUGCUACUUUAAUAUCUUUUGUUUUGUAAGAGUUAAAAGGUGAAAUUAAGCAAUUAUAUUUUCUAUUUGUUUUAAAAGUUAUUUUGUUGUUUUUAUUAGUCUUUUUCUAUUUCUACAUCGUAGAUUUUGUUAUUUUAAUACUAUUAGAAUAAUAGUAUUUUAAUACUAUAAGUAUUAGGGGGACCAGAGAAAAUAAUGUCGUUGCAACACAUUAAAUAUUCAUUUGUCUUAAAAGCCGAUUCAUUUUUUUCAAUGCGGUAUUGAAAGGUUGUUGCUAAUGAAGGUGAAUUCAUUAUUGAUUAAAAAUAAAAUCUUGAUAUCUAAUAUCAAAUGCACCAAAGCGACAUUGCUUUCCGGUGUCCCUUUUAUAUUUGAAAAAGGGAGUGUUUUUUUAAAAGUUUUGUUAGUUUUUUUUGGUUAGUUUAUUUGUUGUUUGGUUUUAUCAUUUUAAUCCUAUAAUUUAAGAGAAUUUUGUCGAAAUAUGGUUGUUUUAGAAAUUGAAAAGUAAUUUCUUACAUAUAAGUAAAUGUUAUAAGUUAAGAAAUUAGGAAAGCAUUAAUUUUUUUUUUCUUAA